AGACGCAUUAUUGCAGCUGAAACACUUUGCACGAACCAAAGUACCGCACUUCCCCCCCAUGAUUCCCAGAGAGAAAGGGAGGAGGAAGCAGGAAUCAAACUGUUUUCUCAUUAUUGCACUUUCUUUCCCCUGAUCCAAAAAAAAAAAAAAAAAAAAAAAAAAAAAAAAAACAGUUUGUAGCUUUCCUAACAGGAAACUACUUAGCCUGCCAGCCAAUCAGCGCUGCGUCCUCCAUCAGCAUCUAGGAGCAACUCAGGAUCACUUGGAGGAGCAGGACGCAGCAUCCCCGCUGGGAUCUGGACAUCCAUGGAUUCACCUCUUGGCUGGAAUAUCAUUUAACAUAGAAGCGCUCCUUUUCCUCGCUGUUCUCCAUCACUCCCCUGCCACACAGUGAGUUAUCACCCGACCUGUAUCCGUGGCUCGGUGUGUUGCGGUACUUUGCGGACGACUUGCAGCAUAAAAGCAUCGCUUGAAGAUCGCUUCCACUGCGCCAAGAAGAAUCCCCGCCCAUUUCUCAAGCAACUUCAACCUCUCUACUAACUAAAGCCUUUUUUUCUCCUGGAUAAGUGCCUUUACAUCUGCCUUACUUUCAUUUUUUUUAAAGAAAGUAAUUCAUAUUAUUACUUUAGGACUCCUCCUCUCCGCUGCCCGUCAGUCAGUCCAAACAGCUGCAUAGGAAAUGUCUGCCCCCGAUGCUGCUGCUCCUCCAGCUGCUGGACCUCCAGGUGCUCCUGGUGCCCCUGGUCCAGAUGGAGCCCCAGGUGGUGGACCUCCAGCCCCACCCAACACUUCCAGCAACCGCAGACUUCAGCAGACACAAGCACAGGUUGAGGAGGUGGUGGAUAUUAUGAGGGUGAAUGUGGACAAGGUUUUGGAAAGGGACCAGAAGCUUUCAGAGUUGGAUGACAGAGCAGAUGCUCUACAGGCCGGAGCCUCCCAGUUUGAAAGCUGCGCAGCUAAGCUAAAAAACAAGUACUGGUGGAAGAACUGCAAGAUGAUGAUCAUGAUGGGCAUCAUUGGAGUCAUUGUAGUUGGAAUAAUAUUCUUGUACUUCUUCUAUUGAGCUCCUGCCAUCAUCACAGAUGAACUCAAACCGAAGGACAACAUUACAGGGAAGAA